AAAAAACAUAAAAUUUAAAUUCCUUUUUCUUUUCCCCUCUUCUUGCUAGGGGAGGGGAAGCUGAUAGAAGGCAGGCAAGGCAAAGCCCAAGGCAGCGGACGACAGUGGAACAUUUCUUUCUUCUCAUUUUCAGGCGUUUCUCAGCCACGUUCCUUCUUUACAGAUACUCAACUGAAAACCAAAACCAGACGCCAUUUGUAUUAACUCCUCCCCUCAAUACUAUUUUCUUCGUCUUCCUUUUCCUUCAGCAAUUUCCCCCUUUUCUUCUUCCCUUUCUUUCUUUGUGGCUUGAGCUAAAGUAACAAUCUCUCUCUGUCUAUCUGCGAAACCCUCUUCUUUCUUUGUGUGCUUCAAUGGAGGCUAAUAGUAGUUCGGGUGUAGCAAACAAUGUGGCUCGAGCCAUCGUUGCAGCUCUCAACUGGAACUCCACUCCCGAUGAUCGCAAAGCUGCUGUUUCUUACCUUGAUUCUAUUAAAACAGGAGAUGUACGAGUGCUGGCAACCACGUCAUUGCUACUUGUUAAAAAGGAUUGGUCUUCCGAAAUUCGGCUGCAUGCUUUCAAGAUGCUGCAGCAUUUAGUUCGGUUGCGGUGGGAGGAACUCAGCUUGACGGAGCGCAGGAACUUUGCGAAUGUAGCUGUUGAAUUGAUGUCUGAUAUCACAAAUCCUUGUGAAGAAUGGCCAUUGAAGAGUCAAAAGGCUGCACUAGUUGCUGAGAUUGUAAGAAGAGAAGGUAUAGAACUAUGGCAAGAACUGCUGCCUUCUUUGAUUUCCAUAUCCAACCAAGGUCCUGUGCAGGCUGAGUUGGUUUCAAUGAUGUUGAGGUGGCUUCCUGAAGACAUUACAGUUCACAACGAAGAUUUGGAAGGUGAUCGUCGGCGCCUAUUAUUGAGGGGGCUUACAGAGUCUUUACCAGAAAUUUUGCCAUUGUUAUAUACUCUACUAGAACGGCAUUUUGGAGCUACAUUGAGUGAAGUGAGUAGGCAGCAGAUGGAUGUAGCCAAACAGCAUGCUUCAACUGCGACAGCUGCUUUGAAUGCUAUUAAUGCAUAUGCCGAGUGGGCUCCUUUGGCUGAUCUAGCUAAAUUCGGUAUAAUCAAUGGGUGCGGGUACUUGCUUUCAGCUGCAGAUUUCCGUCUUCAUGCAUGUGAAUUUUUCAAACUUGUCUCUUCAAGGAAAAGGCCUUCGGAUACUUCUGCUUCAGAAUAUGAUUCUGCAAUUAUUAGCAUCUUCCAGAUUCUUAUGAAUGUAUCUAGAGAAUUUUUGUACAAGUCUACCUCAACCGCCAGUACUGUGGAUGAGGAUGAAUUCGAGUUUGCUGAAUACAUAUGUGAAAGCAUUGUGUCUUUGGGUUCUACUAAUCUGCAAUGCAUUACCGGAAACAGCACUAUACUAUCUAUUUACUUACAACAGAUGCUCGGAUUUUUCCAACAUUAUAAACUCGGUCUCCAUUAUCACGCCCUGCUCUUUUGGUUGGCACUAAUGAGGGAUUUAGUGAUGAAGCCAAAAGUUACAUCAGCCCCAUCAGGCGAUGGGUCUGGUUCUGCUCAGCUUGACAAUGAUAAAAAAAUGAUUUUGAGUCUUGUUACUGAUGAUAUCUGUGGUUCAAUCCUAGAUGUAUCUUUCCAGCGUAUGAUUAGAAGAGAGAAAAUAUUUCCUGGGGCUUCUUUUGCUCCAGUUACACUGGAGUUGUGGAGUGAUGAUUUCGAAGGGAAGGGAGACUUUAGCCAGUAUCGUUCUAAGCUAUCAGAGCUCAUGAAGCUUAUUGCAUCCUUGAAGCCCAUAUUAGCUAGUAGUAAAGUAUCUGACAGAGUUUUUGCAAUCAUUACUUCUCCGGUUCCUCUUCAGGACCUAGCUAUGAUGGAGAGCUUCCAAGUCUCUCUAGAAAAUAUAGUUACUGCUGUAUUUGAUGGAUCAAAUGAAUUUGCUGGGGGCAGUACUGAACUCCAUCUUGCAUUAUGCAGAAUAUUUGAAGGUUUACUUCAGCGGCUUCUAUCCCUAAACUGGUCAGAGCCAGCUCUUGUGGAAAUCCUAGGCCACUAUCUGGAUGCAUUGGGCCCUUUCAUGAAGUACUAUCCUGAUGCUGUUGGGGGUGUCAUCAACAAACUAUUUGAGCUUCUAGCAUCUCUCCCUUGUGUUAUGAAGGAUCCCUCAAUGAGUGGUGCAAGGAAUGCAAGGUUACAGAUAUGUACUUCCUUCAUACGAAUAGCAAAAUCUGCUGAUAAAAGCAUCUUGCCUCACAUGAAGGGUAUUGCAGAUACCAUGGGUUAUAUGCAAAGGGAGGGCUGUUUGCUUCGCAGUGAGCACAAUCUUCUGGGAGAAGCAUUCCUUGUCAUGUCUUCUGCCGCUGGGCUUCAACAACAACAGGAGGUUUUGAACUGGUUACUCGAACCAUUAAGCCAGCAGUGGACGCAAUUGGAAUGGCAAAACAAUUAUUUGUCUGAACCAUUAGGCGUAGUUCGUUUAUGCUUGGACACAUCAUUAAUGUGGUCAAUUUUCCACACAGUCACGUUUUUCGAAAAGGCGCUUAAAAGGAGUGGAUUCAAAAAGGGCAAUUUGAACUCAGAGAACAGCUCUAUGCAGCAUCCAUUGAGUUCUCAUCUAGCGUGGAUGCUACCUCCUCUCUUAAAACUUCUUCGUGCUCUGCAUGCCCUUUGGUCUCCAUCUAUAUCUCAAACUUUACCAGCAGAGGUAAAAGCUGCCAUGAUAAUAACUGAUGCGGAGAAAUAUAGUCUUCUUGGAGAAAGUAACCCAAAAAUAUCGAAGACCUCGCUUACUUUCACUGAUGGUUCUCAAGCCGACAUAGAGACAAAUGAGGUUGAUAUAAGGAAUUGGUUAAAAGGAAUCAGGGACAGUGGGUAAGCAUGAUUUGCUUUUGCAAUUCCAAUUUCUGCUAUAAAAACUUAAACUUUUGCUCUCCGUCGUUUAUGUAGUUCUGAGCAAACUGUGUACAUGAGUCUUUGUCUGGUUUCAGUUACAACGUGUUGGGCCUGGCAACAACAAUCGGGGAUCCAUUUUUCAAGUGCUUUGAUGUGGACUCAGUUGCAUUGGCACUCAUGGAGAAUAUACAGUCAGCAGAGUUCAGACAUAUGAGGCAGCUCAUUCAUUCAGUGUUGACUCAUUUGGUGAAAUCUUGCCCUCCAGAAAUGUGGGAGAUAUGGCUGGAGAAGCUUCUCCAUCCUUUACUCAUUAACCUGCAUCAAGUCCUCAGCUUCUCUUGGUCCAGUCUUUUGCACGAAGGCAGAGCUAAAGCUCCAGACGUGCAGUGCAUCGUUGCCACGUCUGACUUGAAAGUGGAAGUAAUGGAGGAGAAGCUACUCCGAGAUUUAACUCGCGAGAUGUGCGCUCUUCUAUCAGUCAUGGCAUCUCCAGGCCUUAAUACUGGACUCCCGUCUUUAGAUCAAUCGGGGCAUAUUAACCGUUUGGUGGAUACUUCUUCUCUAAAGGACUUGGAUGCUUUUCUCUCCAACUCUAUGGUCGCGUGUGUAGCAAGAAACAAUCCUUAACUUCUCAUGUUUAGUAGAGUAGGUAGUAGGGUUGUGCAUGAUCUGAAUCAAGACCGGACCGGAUUGAAUGCACUUACGAUCCGUCUCUGGUCCUAAUUUGUCCUUUCUUUCCGAUCCGGUCCUAUGCACACCCAUACUACUUAUAUAUUUGUUCUCACUUUUUUGCUCAUACAUCGAGUGAUUUUAUUUUAUUUUAUCUUUGGCAGUUUCAUGUUGAAGAACAAUAGAUUGGCGAUUCCAGUGUUGCAGAUAUGUAUAGAGGCUUUCUCAUGGACGGUUGGUGAGUCCAUGACAAAAGUUUCUUCUUUUUGUGCUGCUGUGGUUGUUUUAUCAAUCUCGACAAGAAACAUCGAGCUACAGCAGUUUGUCUGCAAGGAUCUUUUCUCGGCAGCCAUCAAAGGUUUGAUGCUCGAGUCGAAUGCUAUAAUCAGUGCAGAUUUGGUUGGCCUUUGUCGCGAUAUUUUCAUAUAUCUUUGCGACAGGGAUCCUGCUCCUAGACAGGUUCUACUCUCUCUUCCAUGCAUUUCACCUCUCGAUUUGGCUGCUUUUGAGGAAGCUUUGACCAAGACAUUGAGUCCAAAGGAACAGAAGCAGCUCAUGAGGAGUUUACUCAUGGUAGCUACUGGGAACAAGUUGAAGGCUCUUGCUGCCCAGAAAACUGUAAAUAUCAUCACAAACGUUACAGCAAGGCCUCGUAGCUCAGUAACUGCUGCCACAGAGGCAAGAAUCGACGAUGGAGAGCCCGUGGGUCUGGCAGCUAUAAUGUGAAGCGUUUUGAUAAGGUUCUGGUGGAGCAGUAUGUACAGCAAAAUCACACAGUUGUAACAGGAGAAAGAGGCAGUUAGUAAUGACGAGACAGGAUACACCAAAGGUAGGGAAAGAAUACUGUUUAGCAUAGAUGGCUUGAAACACUCCAAGGGGUCCAUCAGUUUUUGGAGACACAUCCAUCCACCUCUUGGUUAUGUGUUUGUUUUGGCGGAUUGGUGUUUUUGAAAGAGAGGACCUUAGUAGUAGUUGUGAAUGGUAGGUGGGAAGAGCAGCGGGGGAAAAUACUGGGUUGUAAACCCAUGAUUAUGAAACAGUAAAUGAAGUUAUACUCCGAAAAAGUAAGUGGUUGGGUAUUUUACACUAAUUGUGGGUCAAUCAUUUUGUACUGCUAAAACCAUCUAUCGUUUGGGGUUCGGUAUUCAAUAUUUCCGGUCUGGCCGGUACGUACGAUAGGAUUUGUUAAACAUUGGUUGGAACUAGAAACUUGAGUCCAAUUGCUUUCCCAAGUUUGAAGCAGCUUUUGGUGGUCUAUAAAAGAUUCUGAAGUUGAGCUUCUUUUCCUAGAGAAGUUAGGAUUCUUUGACCUGAGGCAGACACACUGAAUGCACGUUAUACUCAGCGACCGUUGUUCAUUUCCUGCUUGACAAGGUUAGAGCGCAACGGGACCGGGAGGACUUGGGCCAGACGGGCUGUUUGGUUGGCUGGUUGGCUGUGUAAUACUCCUCGGCUGUUGUCAGUAAUGAAAGCAGCAGACUCCAUGUCCUAUGAGGCGAGCAUACGCGUCGGUUUACGGGUGUGCUGGGAUGAUCUACCAGCUCCACAAUCAGAUCAUGGAAGUCCAAUCUCAGAUUGAAAUUGUCAAGGGCAAAAAAACAGCUUUCUGCUCUGCACAGCAAAACCAGCAGAUGGACAUAGGUGUUGGAGAUGCAUUCGGAGAGUUCCGAGGGGUUGAUGAUAAAUUGCUGUGGAAUGGUUUGGCUUGUGACCAAAUGUGUCUUUAAACCACAAGUUUAGUUAAGCCUCUUUUUUUUUUUCCCCCUGUACUUUUGCUGCUUUGAUUAUAGAGUUGAAAUACCUAAGGAGGUUUAGAUUCUUUGGUU